UAGUAGAAAAUCCAUAAAAGGAAAGUGAAAAUAUAAAUAUUUAUUAGUGUAAAAAAAGGAAGCAAAAAAAAAUAUUUUUUUGGGAAAAACCAAAAAUUAGAUCGAAGACACAUAGAAAGAAAACAUGGAAUGAAACUGCAAAGUGAAAAAUUUGUGCUUUGUAUUUGCCUCCAAUUAGAAACAAAAAUUACCCAAAAGGACCUUAUUUUACAUACCGAAAAAUUUAGGGUCAAUGGUGAAAGAAUUUUCGUGAGUAGCUAAAGUGGAUUCAGUAAACACAUUUCGAAUUUACAGAUAAGGAAAGGAACAUUAUUUAAGCUUAGAAAAUGCAUGCAGUUGGAAUACAUUCGGCAUUGGCCAUAAAACGUCAAAGGAAGCGCCGUGAUGAGCAGAAAAGAGCAAGAGAACGUCGUUAUUCAAUACAAUCAACAGAAAGUGGUGAAACUCAUUCUCCACAUGGCUCUACUAGACGAAAACAUCGGCCUCAUUAUGGACAACAUGGAAUAAAUGAUAGCAAAGUCGUUACUAGCAUUGGAAUGCUGCAUAUUGGUGUAGUGUUCGUUGUAUUCGGUAUUUUCCUACUUGGUGCUGGAUUAAUUCCUGAUGAUGUUUCAAGUCAAAAUGCAUGGAGCAUUUUUGCAAAAGAUAGUUGGUGGAAUGAGUUGGUGCUCACUGGCUUAUUUGCGAUAGGAUUGGGAGUAUUCCUCAUAGUCUUGAACUCAAUAAUUAGUAAAAAGGAAGAGGAUGAUUUAGAAGCAUAUGUCCAAUCUCAGUUAACACGUUCACGUUCUGGACAUCGAUUGGAACGUGAUGUAGAAACUGGUGGAUUGCAAACUCGUCAUACAAAACGAGAAAAUCAAAUUCGUCGUGGUAUCGAAGAGCGUGGCUUGGAUGGAAUAUCGAAUUGUAAUAUACCAUUGACACCCACAAGUUCAGAAGUAGUCAUGACACCGUCAAUUUCAGCAUCUGCCUCAGCUGGAUGUGCCAGUGGUGAAAUGUUAUUAGAAAAGAUUCUCGAAGAAGAUUCAAGUUUUGCAGACGAUUCACGACACAGUCAUUGUGGCAGCUUCCAAAGUGAUAAGAGGCAACUCAUUGCUAACGGCUCUUCACAUGCUCAUCAUCAUUAUACAGGCUCCGUGCACGUAACUAAUAUAUAAAACCAGAUACUGCGUUGAUGAAUGAAAAGCGAUGAUAAAUUCCAUUUAGAAACACUUUAAGCAUAAGUCUCGAAUCAUGCAAUCAUACAGAUAUCUUCUCAUACUGGACUACUUCUAUUACAGCUUGUAAUUCAUAAAAAGUUGAAAAAUUCGGAAUUAAAAGCUUUUAAAUAUAGCUAAUGCUUCCAUUUCUGCCAUAACACAUGAAUGCAGGAGUUCAAUACAAUACAAUUGAAAUAUGAUGAACGGUAACAAAACAACUUCAAACGAAAGCUCCUUACUUUUUAAUGUUGAGAAAUAAGCCAUUAAUUUGUAAUAGCUAAAUUUUCACCAGUUUUUAACAAACUAUGAACGUUAAACUGUAUGAAAAGAUGUUUGCAUAUUGGAAUUAUAUCUAGAAAAGUUAUUUAAAAAAAUUGACACA